AUGACGGACCCAGGCUCAAACAUCGAAAUUCCCGCUUUUGUGUCUUUCACCAAGACAUAUCACAACAAGCCAUACGAAGAUAUCUCACCAGCACGACCCGAGCUCUCGGCAUCAGGCAAGAAUGUCGUCAUCACCGGCGGAGGCACCGGUGUCGGCUUGGCCAUUGCCACCGCCUUCAGCCAAGCCGGUGCAAAAUCCGUCUCCAUCCUCGGCCGUCGCCUCGACAGACUCGAGAAUGCCGCCGUCGACAUCAGAAAGGCCAAGGCUGACCCCGAGACCUUAAUCCUCUUCGAGAUGGCCGACCUUAUGGACCGGGCCCAGGUGGAUAAGGCCUACAGGUCCAUUUACGAGAAAGUCGGCAAGCUGGACAUCCUCAUCUCAAACGCAGCCACCUUGAUAGCGCCAGGUCCUCUCCUGACGUCGGACCCCGAGGCCGUGCUGCAAGGAUUCAAGCUCAACGCGUUGAGCGGGCUUCAUGCCGUUCAGGCGUUCAUGCAUGUUGCCGUUGAAGAGCCAACCGUAAUCAACACCUCCGCUGCUAUCGUUCACACGGCGCCUUUCCCGGGCACGGGAGUCUAUGGCGUAGCUAAGGCCGCUGUGUUCAAGAUGCUUGACUACAUUGCCGCCGAAAAUCCAAAUAUGCACGUCGUCAGCUUCCAGCCCGGCAUUCUUGCGACGGAAAUGACUGAAGGGAAAAACAUACCAGCACAAGAUGUUGUUGAGCUACCUGGCCAGUUCGCUGUCUGGCUUGCUUCCCCCGAAGCCAAGUUUCUUCGCAGCAAGACAACUCCCAAAACACCCAAGAAAGAAUUCUGGCUGACAAAGAGGUGUAAUAAGUUUGUUUGGGCCAACUGGGACGUCAAGGAGCUACUGGCGAGGAAAGACGAGAUCAAGGAGACAAAGCUUCUGAACUUGGUUCUUGACGGUGUUCUUAUGUAG